AUGGCUAUUAGGGAGUCGCUAGAUUCCAUUGAUGACUAUAUGAGAAUGUCGAAGCGAACUGCACGAGAAAGUUUGUAUAGAUUGGCAAGAGGUGUUAUCGAAACCUUCGGUGACAAAUACUUGCGCAAACCUUCAUUGAAUGACAUGCAACAACUAUAUGCGGCGCAUGAUGAACGACAUGGUUUUCCGGGUAUGCUUGGAAGCAUUGAUUACACAAAGUGGAUAUGGAGAAAUUGUCAUGUGGUGUGGAAAGUUGCACGUUCUAACAGCGACGCAAACAUUCUUGAUCAGUCACUAAUAUUGCAGGAUCUUUUAACAGGAAAGGCAUUAGAUGCUCCUGUCAUAGUGAAUGGAAAUGAAUAUAAGUUUGGGCAUUACCUCAUGGAUGGAAUAUAUCCACCAUAUUCCAUGUUUGUGAAGGCGUUUCAACACCCGAUAGAACCAAGAGACAAAUUUCCAAGAGAAGACAAGAAGCAGCACGUAAGGACGUGGAAUGUACUUUGGAGUUCUGAAAACAAAAUGGCACAUAGUUGA